CACAAAGCAGCGGCAUAAAGAAGCAGCACAACGAGAAAAGAGAAGCAGAAAGCAGAGAACCUCCACACAACACUCGGUUAUUUUGGAAGCGUAGAACCUGUGACCGAAUGAGUAAAUGAAUGAAUGAGGAUGAUGCGCCCACUACUGCUGCUGCUACACCUGUUCCUGCUCCUGCUCAACACUGAUGCAAUACGAUUCUCCAAUGGUUUUUAUUACCAUGAAAUGACCAACGGAGACGGAAAUGGAGAAAUAUACUUCAAUGGAAUUCGUCUUCACGUCGAAUCUUCACAAACCUCUGUGUCCGCUGUCCAAGGUGGUAAUGCGACCCUUUUGUGUAUGUACCGCUAUGAGCCAGAGCUGAGCUUGCCACGCAAGACAAGGGUCAAAUGGUUCUGGCAACCAGAUACAGGUGAAGGCCAAGAGAAGCACGUGAUGGUGGCUUUAGGUGCCCGUCACAGGACUUACGGUGACUUCCGGGGCCGAGUACGCCUGCGUCGCAGCUCUCCGGGUGACGCAUCUCUGGUUAUCAACCCACUGCUAAGUGACGACAGGGGGCGCUACCGCUGUGAGAUUAUUGAUGGACUGGAAGAUGACAGUGUCAUCGUGGACCUUCAGUUUCGAGGUAUAGUCUUCCCAUAUCACUCACAUAAAGGACGCUAUCAGCUGAACUUCUAUGAGGCUAAGGAGGCCUGUGAGCAGCAGGGUUCCUGCCUGGCCAGUUUUGAGCAGCUGUAUACAGCCUGGGAGGUGGACGAGCUUGACUGGUGUAACGCCGGCUGGCUGGCUGAUGGUACGGCGCAGUACCCUGUAUCAAUGGCCCGAGAUGCCUGUGGUGGCACAGAGCUAUCACCAGGUGUACGAAGUUACGGCUUACGUGACAAAGUCCUCGACCGCUUUGAUGCUUUCUGCUUCACUUCUUCCAUCAGAGGUGAGGUGUACUACCUGCAGCAUUCUGCAAAGCUGAACUUCUCAGAAGCCGUGUGGGAGUGUGAGCAGGACGGAGCUCAGAUUGCUAAAGUGGGGCAGCUUUACGCAGCGUGGAGGUUUGUGGGGUUAGAUCAGUGUGACGCUGGGUGGCUGGCUGAUGGCAGUGUACGUUACCCAAUCACCAAACCCAGAGCCAACUGCGGCCCGCCUGAACCCGGGGUGAGAAGCUUUGGCUUUCUUCCCCUGCAUUCAAAAUUCGGGGUCUAUUGUCACAAAGUCAGGUGGUAAGAUUUUGACCCAGCAGUGAUCAGUUACAUGCAGAUGUAAAGGAAAAGGAUGUGCAGAACGCUUUGAUGAUUCACCUUCUACACUUUUGUAUUAUCAAUGGAAGGGAAUCUGAGCUGUUAGGGAGUCUGAGCUGAAUAUGAGCUUGUAUCACAAUCAAUCUACGAUUGUUUUAACAUUAAGCAUUUAGCAGAACAGAUAAAGCUAUGUUGUGUCAUAUUAUUUGUAUGUUCUUAUUUGUAUGACAUGUGAAUAUAAUCAUCAGACCAUGAAAUGUCACACUCAGGGAACUGAACUAUAUAAACGAGUGAGCUCACAGAACAGCAUUGCAUAAUACGUAGGUUUUCCCAAGUCUGGUUCUGGAGAGUCGGUCUGACACAGCUUGGUGAUGUUUUUGUUUGAACACACCUAUUAAACUGGCUAAUUAACAGGUUAGGUGGAACGUUGAGAACAGUAAUUACUGUGCCGUAAUUGACUCCAGCCCUCUGAGACAAAAAUUUGAAAAAAUCUGAUGUAAAGCAUAUGGAAUUCCUGGUGGAAUAUUUUGCAGAGCACUUUCCCUGAUUCCAUGGAUUAAUUUUGUAGAUCUUAAAGCUAAGAAAGCUCAUUUCUAGGAACUGGACACAGAAAACAGAUUGUAUGACCUCCUCCUUCUUCUACUGCUGUUUUUUUCUUUCUUUUUUUUGGUGGGUCACUGUGCCAACUGGAAACACUGAGCGCAAAGCAGGAAGGCCAGUCAAUUUCAGGGUAGCUCGCUGAUUCACUCACUCACUCUCUAACACCUUAGGGUGUUUUUGACCUGCCUUUUUUUUGACUAGGUGAGGUGUGGCAGGCACAACUCAUAAACUCAGGAACCAUUUUACAGUACAUCACCCACUCUACCACCUGCUAUAAUAAUAACAAUAAAUUAUUGUUAUUAUUAUUAUUAUUGCUGUUGGGCAAUUGGGUGGCACAGCAGUAAAUUAACAGCCAGUUAGGCAUCUACAUACAGAUAUAAUUGGCUAUGUCCUGGGGGAAAUGGCUGAGGCUUUGCUAUGGACUGGUGUCCUGUCUGGGGUUUAUUACUGCAUUGUGCCCAUUGAUUCCGGGGGAACUGGACCUGUGAUGAUCUUGAAUACGAUAAGGUGGUGGUAAGACAUGGAAAUGUUGUUGUUGUUGUUAUUAUUAUUAUACUAUGCUUGCCAACAUUGUUUUGAAAGAUCAAUGAAUUCAUUAAUUCAACACUGCAACAGAUUUUUAUUACAUUUUGACAAAUUUAACUAAUAAAUAUUAGUUAAACAUUAUUAUUUCUGAGCUUAGUCUGUGUCCACAAAUAUUACGCAGGUUACACCAGUUAUCAGUUCUCAGUUCGUGGACGACUGGCUUUAUCAUUGUAAAUAUUUGGCACCAUCUGGUGGUUGAAAGUGGUUGUCGUUUAAUUGCAUAAAAUAAAGACCUUCAUAAAACAACAAAACAUAAGGCAAAUGGUCGGUGAUUACAAAAAAAAAACUCGAAUCUGUGCUUAGAUAAAUAUGGGGUAUGAAUGUGCGACACCAGCUUGAUGUGAUUUGUCAAUAGUUUCACUCACUGUACCAUACUCUCUUUAUGAUGUGAUUAUUUUUUACGUUGUUUUAAAUAAACAUGGCUAUUUGAUAAUGUUUUUACUA